UGUAAGUUUCUCUGUGAACUCCAUGGGAGCAGGACAAUCAUCUGAGACACAGGCGCAAAAAUCUCAUGCCUUGCAUGUCUUACGAGUUACUUCUUCAUCACCAGCCUCACAGACGUCCAUCGAGCCAUUCUUCGACUUCAUCGUUGGAUUCGAAGGCAACGAUGCUAUCUACGCUGACAGCGACAUAGAUGCCACAGAGCUUGAAAAGAUAGUAGAAGAACACGAAGAGAAGACGCUCAAUCUUUUGGUCUGGAACAGCAAAACGCGUACAACUCGAGUUGUACCAAUUGUCCCCUCGCGGGCUUGGGCUUUGGCACAACAAGCAUCAAUUCCUCAAGAUGAUACUGAGAACUCCCUCCAACCUUCUUUGCUGGGUUUGAGCAUGCGGAUGUGCGAAUUCGACAAUGCGACAAAUAAUGUUUGGCAUGUCCUUGACGUUCUAGAAGGGAGUCCGGCAGAAAGUGCUGGUCUCGUUCCCUAUGGUGACUGGAUAAUUGGAUGGACCGGUGGUAUAUUGACCGCAGAGAACGAUUUUUACGAUAUCGUGGAAGCUCACGUCGAUAAGCCGUUGCGAGUUUAUGUUUAUUCGUACGACUUCGAUAAUCUCAGAGAGGUUGUGCUAGUGCCCAAUCGCCAUUGGGGUGGCGAGGGACUAUUGGGAUGUAUUUUUGGAUUUGGACUUCUCCACCGCAUCCCCUCGCAGACGGCGGACCGCUCAUCUGACCUCCAGGAUUCUCGUAACGACUUUGAAGAUCAGCAGCUCUUUGUUCCCGCCGAUGUUUCACAGGGUUCACGAUCUUUCGGGGUGGAAGACCGGAUCCGUCCUUCUCUCCCACUUUACCAGCGCCCAAGUGAUAUUGCACAUCCUCGUCCCACCCACUAUAAUGAAGCCACGCAAGGGCGACGGCCCCCUAGCAACGUGCUCCGGCGCGAUUCAGCGUCGACUACCUCUCGCCCUGGGACGCCAAGGCGGUCCAUUAACACACCAGGUCCCUCAUCACAAACACCGCCUGUCAGCCGUUCCUUUGGCUCGGCCCUCAAUGGUACUGGAGCGACAGCACUGUUUUCUGGUUCAAGCCCGAGGCACCUCCAGUUCAGUAAUAGCAUGUCAACUGUCACUGGAAAGUCACAAAACGACGACGAAGAUGAGGAAGGCAGUGAUCUUGAUGGAACGGUUAGCGUAUCUGGAACGGAAACCACGGAUUAUGGCAGUCUGACCUCUGUUGAAUAACCAACUAAAUAGUCGGAUAUAUAGAUCACACCGUACCAUGACCAGGUGCACUACGGCUUCAAAAUUUGAUUCACCUCUAUCACGAUUCACUGCUAGCUGAACGUUGUGU